UCCACGAAGCAGCACGUGUUGACGCGUCUUCCUUAGCUGGUUCCACACUCCACGUGGCACAUUCCUAUCGGUCGACGCCAUAGAAAUCAUCCCAGCCGUCAGAAACAUCGCCCAACAACGCAUACUUACGAACACCAUUUCUUACACUCUUUCUCUCUCUGACUCGCGGAAAGAAAAUAAAUGGAAUUUUAGAGAGAGAAAGGGAUUGGUCCAGUUACUACCAAAGCCUCGUUGCUUUGACUGUCAAGAAGGACCUUGGUUCACCACAGAUGUGCCGAAGGCAACAUUGCUGUACCUAUUACAAGCACAAUUCAAAUGCCAUCCCUAAAAAUGAAGAGCAAAGUAAGUGUGAGCUGUUUGACAGAGAGAAAGGAUAUUCAAAUCUGUCCAAAAUCAAAAGUAAUUUCCAAAACCUCAUGUUCUAAAAUCAUGAUUUCUGCACAAGAAGUAGAGAUCGAUGCAACUAUUCAAAAUUGUAUAGAUGUUUCUUCAAGGUCGCUGCCCAAAGACAUUGCAAGUGAUCAAUCUACUGACAGCAAAGAAUUUCUGGAUCAUGAAAAUACUGAAUCCCAACACCAAUUUUCUGAACUGAACAAUCCCUGUCCAGAAAACUUAGAAACAAUUUUUUCUCCUGCUUUUGAGCCCACUGAUGUCCGUUCACCACAUUAUACCGAAAAAGGUACAGGGAGCUUUGGUGAUGCUAACAUGGCAGGAGUGGGAGCUGAUGAGGGAAAAAACAUAUGUCACUUUGAAACAUGUGAUGUAUCCGAUUUUUACAUUUCUGACAUGAUCAUUACAAGCUUACCUUUUUAUGGAAGUUCCUUGGAUGAUGUUGGUGAAACCAACUACUUAUCUGCAUAUGGAUCCACCGAGCCAUCCGAGUUUUGUUCUUCUGAGCAGUACAUGAUCCUGCCUGCUCGUGAAGAUGAUGCUAAAGUUGGCUGUACUACAGAUACCAUGUCAUGUGAAGAAACCAUUAUGGUUCAUGAAAGUGCUCGCUUGUAUUCCGCUAUAGCUCAGAUAAGAUCCUGCAACCAGGACUCUGAUGUUAAAGGUGAUUUGGAUAAGGCAGAGUGCUUUGAUCCACAAUCAUUUAUCAAGAAAUUACCGGAACUAUCAGAAGUAGAAUUAAAUGGUCAGCACACACUAAUUCCUAAGCAAUCUCUAAGAAGAAAGACAGUAACUCUAGUGCUUGAUUUAGAUGAGACCCUUGUUCAUUCUACACUGGAACAUUGUGACGAUGCAGAUUUCACUUUUAACAUUUUCUUCAAUAUGAAAGAUUACACAGUAUACGUAAAACAGAGGCCUUUCCUGCACACAUUCUUGGAGAGAGUAUCAGAGAUGUUUGAAGUAGUUAUUUUUACUGCCAGCCAAAGCAUAUAUGCAAAGCAACUACUUGAUAUAUUGGAUCCAGAUGAAAAAUUUAUUUCUCGCCGUGUGUAUCGAGAAUCGUGCCUGUUUUCAGAUGGAAACUACACAAAAGAUCUUACUAUAUUGGGUGUUGAUCUUGCAAAAGUUGUCAUAAUUGAUAAUUCACCUCAGGUAUUCCGGUUGCAAGUGAAUAAUGGUAUCCCCAUAAAGAGUUGGUUUGAUGAUCCAUUAGAUUGUGCGCUGAUGUCAUUACUUCCGUUUCUAGACACAUUGGCUGAUGCCGAUGAUGUGCGUCCUAUCAUUGCAAAGAGAUACGGUAACAAAGAAUAAGGUUUCUCCUUAGACCAAAUUUAGCAACUUUUUCUUUCUCUAGGUUUAGGAAAUUUAGCCUCUAAUUAGUUGCUAAAGCUCCUUUCCAUUCGAGUUGAGAUGCAUUAACCUAUACAAUAAACUAUUGGUUGUCUUAUUGUUGAGUCCACAGUUUGUUCUCUUUUCUUCUCUCAGUUAACAGAUCUGGAUUUCUCUAUUUCUCUUGAAAGGUAGUUGUAGCAACCAUCUCCUUUUCUUCUUUCCGUCUAGUCUUUGUACAGUUGAAUCUUGAAUAUUAUGUGCUGGUGUACAUGAAAUUUAUCAUAUUAUGGAAUACAGUUCUGGAAGUUACAUA